ACGUCCUCAAGGGGGAGAAACCAGGCCAGCGCAUCAUAGACAUCAUGACCAGUGCAGAGCUCGCGGAGGAGAUGAAAGCCGCAUUGGAGUGCCAAAAAGACCGAUACCUCCCGGAUAACAUGAAAAACAGAACGGUUCUGGAAUUCACGAGAGGUGAAAUCCAGUUUUCUUCUAUAUCUGACACCGCCAGUUAAUCAUCAAGCAACUCGUCAAGCCAAUGGUCGCGGAGGUCUGAUCCUUGGCAUCCUCCUAUCAAUAUUCGCCGGUACAGCAACUUCGUCAUGGGUGAUUCGGUGGGACCAGAGGGCCUCGAUGGGAGCGGUACCUUGGGUCCCAUGCUUAAGAUCAGUAACAAGGUCUAUUGGCUGCUCAAUUGGCAUAUAUUCGAUGACAGAGGUCGGAACCAGAAGUGGAAAGAACUACGACCACCUCCAGUCAAUGCCGUCCAUCCGUCAGAGGAUGAUCUGCGACAGACUCAAGGCCAACAGCACUCCCGACUCGGAAACCCAGUUGCCUACUCUGGUCAAAUGUAUGUCACCUCGCGCGAGUCCAAGUCCAUGGCUCGAAAGUGCGCCGCUGAAGGACGAGAUCACUUUCCCAAGACCCCGCGCGUUACAACCGACUGGGUCCUGUUCGAGGCAACUUCCGAGUCGAAAGUCAAUAAAAUUCGCGGAAUCAGCAUCGAAGGGCGUUGUGACUCCUUUGGCAAAAGCAUCACCGAAACGAAGGACCCCAUGCUGCCUUGUUGCAUCCCCUCCAAGCAACCUACUUUCGUGUGCUGUACCGCUCGCACCAGUGGCUGGUCGGCCGCGCAGAUUUGUGAAACUCUCGCCUAUUUGAACCACGGCAACAACAUAGAAACCAGGGAAUGGUCGGUGCAAGCUGCAGAGACUGAAAGCGACGAAUGGAACCUGGGCGGGAUGGGCAUACCGGGAGACUCUGGGGCUGGCAUUAUCGAAUUAUUAUCAAACAAGCUGAUAGGCCAAUUGUGGGGGAGAAACGUCUACCACGGUGACAAACACCGGAUUACCUACUUCACAGCCAUAUCGGAUAUCUGCGAUGACAUCCAGGACAACAUGCCGACACAGGACCGACCGAAGCUGCCUUGCGAUGAUGCAGGGGAAGUGGAUAUGAACAGCACGCGCCGUUUCUCGUUAAACAGUAUCAGUGAGGAUCCCGAUGACCCUUCUGGUAAUUCGCACGAAAACGUGAACAGCCAGGCAGCGGAACAUUCGAAUACGUUUACGAUUCGCUCGAGUGCUCGGCCAAGCAGCAACACAGGGAGGUGCGGAGACAUUAUUGUCCAUCAGUACAUCAACGUCCCGCACGCAGCCACAUUUUGAUCAUCGGAGGCGAACUUUCAUGCUUUUUACGGCAUGGAUGCGGAAACGUAAAUGUGUUUUGACGAGUUGUUAGUCAUGGCGAGGUGAUACACGGAGUUUCUG